GUUGGCGAGAGAACUGGGGCGAAAACCCUAAACCUCCAAAUCGACAAUGGACAUGGUGAGAUCGCGAUUUGCAUCGAUUUCGCGCCAUCUCAGUUCAGCGACGAAACCCAGAAGAGUCCCAUCAAAGUACAAGUCUCUGGCAAUCGGACAAGCCCAGCAAGCAAUCACAGACUAUCUCCACUCGACCCGAUCCCUCUCCUACACCUUCGCCGAGCACAUUGCCAAAAACGCCGCCAUUUCCAUCCAGAACCUCAUCUCGAAGCUCGAUUUCUCUGUCACAACGUUCUCUAAAUCGAUUCGGAAGCAUCUCUCUUACCACCCCAUUAACGAAUUCGAGUUUUUCUUCGAGAGCAUCGGCAUUGAGUAUAGCGAGGUUAACGAGUUCUUGCCUCCUAAUAAGUUCUUCUUCUCCGAGGAUCGGAGUGUCUUGGACGCGGCUUGUACGCUGUCGGGUUUCGGGUUUCCUUGGAACAGGUUGGGUAAGUUGUAUGAAGAGGAAAGUUCGAUUUUCCGACAGAGCCCCGAUGAGAUUACAUCCAGGCUUCUCAAUUUGAAAGAUCAUGGAUUCAGCACAUUUGCAGUGAUUGGCAUUUGUUUAGCGAUUCCUCGCGCUUUGCUUGGGGGUGAGGAAUCUCGCUGCUUGUCUGUUAAUUUGAAGAGAUUGUUUGAGGAGUUUGAUACAGAGGAUUUUGUUGAAGAGAAUGUAGAUUCUUGGUUUGCGCUUUGUAGUAAAUUCAAGGUGUUUUAUCAUUUGGGUGGCAAUGACAAAGAGAUGUGGGAGUUGAUAGGUAGACAUAAACCUCUUUUCAUGGAACACCCAGAGGAAGUUUUGAUCCAAAAGACCGAGUUUUUUUGUAGAUUUGGUGUUAGGAAGGUUGAUGUUGCUCUCUUGAUUCUUAAAUGUCCCGAGAUCAUGAGUUUCGAUCUGGAGACACCGGUGGUAUCUGUUGCGGGGAUACUUAAGCAUUUUGGAUUGAGUGAAGAUGAACUUUUGGUCGUCUCUCGGGAUUACCCUUACGUGUUUGGUAGAAACAAGAUGGCGAAUUUGCCUCAUGUGAUGAGAGCUUUAGAUCUACAUGAUUGGAUCUUUGAUAGGUUGAGAAAUGGAAACCACCAUUUUCUUGCCAGCUAUUCCCUGAACAAUCCCGAUGAAGACAUAAUCGGAGAAUAUCGGGAGAGAUUGGAGGAGAUUCAACGCUCGAGAACUCCAACACACACUAUGCACAAGUUGGAUUUCCUCCACGGCAUAGGGUUUGGCGAAAACGCCUUGACCUUGAAGGUACUACAACAUGCCCACGGUAGUAGCACCGAGCUAACAGAUCGAUUCAGGAGCCUACUUGAUGGCGGCAUUAGAUUCUCGAAGCUAUGCAUGUUGAUAAGAUUGGCCCCGAAGAUCUUGAACCAGAAACCGGGUAGCAUAGAAGACAAGCUAAGGUUCCUUCGUGGUGAAAUGGGAGCUUCAAUGGAUUACCUCGAUGUUUUCCCGGCUUUUCUGUGUUUUGAUCUGGAGUAUCGGAUCAAACCCAGAUUCAGAUUCCACGAGUGGCUUCUGGAGAAAAAGUUGUGCAGCCGAAGCUACUCUAUCGCGAGCAUGGUGGCUACCAGCGAGAAGGCGUUCAUAGCUCGCCUCUACGGGCUUCAUCCGGCUAUUCCAAAACAGUGGCUUGAGCGUUUCUCCUACAGAAAACAGGAGAGAAAUGUCUGUUAAAGACAUAACAAGAGAACCUAGCUUGUUCCACCCCAUGUUCAGAUCUUUUUCGGGUUUCUUCUCCUGCCGUGGCGGAUUCAAAAUUGAAAACUGGAAACCAGAAAGAGGGAAAACGGGGCAAGUUGAAUGACUGAAUCUCCAUAGUGAGGAAACUUCUCAUUCGUUAGGUGCUAACACAAUGCUCCAGUUCUUCUUUUCUUGUGGUUUGGUGUAUUCUGUAAAAUGCCAUUAUUAUUUGUAUUUUUAAAAAAUAAUUCUUUUUA